AUGUAUAACAUGAGCUGUUACAACCCCAGUUCCUUUAUCCUUGUUGGAAUACCUGGCCUGGAGAAGUUCCACGUGUGGAUUGGGAUUCCCUUUUGUGUCAUGUAUGUCAUGGCUAUUGUGGGCAACUGCAUCCUCCUCUACCUCAUUGCAGUUGAACACAGCCUCCACGAGCCCAUGUAUUUCUUCCUCUCUAUGCUGGCCACCAUGGACCUCAUCUUGUCGACUGUCACAGUACCCAAACUCCUCAGUAACCUCUGGCUUGGCUCUCAAGAAAUAACCUUCUCUGGUUGUCUCACUCAGAUGUUCUUCCUCCACUUCAGCUUUGUGAUGGACUCAGCCAUUCUCCUGGUCAUGGCAUUUGAUCGCUAUGUGGCCAUCUGCUUUCCCUUGAGAUACAUGACCAUCCUGACUCUGCCAGUGAUCAUCAAGCUUGUGGUGAGCAUUGUUAUGAGGAGCUUCUCUGUCAUCCUGCCAGAUGUUUUUCUGCUAAAACGCCUACCUUUUUGCAGGACACGUAUCAUCCCACACACAUAUUGUGAGCACAUAGGUGUUGCUCGGCUUUCCUCUGCUGACAUAUCCAUCAACAUCUGGUAUGGAUUUGCUGUACCUCUCAUGACUGUCAUCUUGGAUGUGAUCUUUAUUACUGUUUCCUAUACAUUCAUUCUUCGUGCUGUCUUUCAACUUUCAUCCCAGGGUGCUCGACAGAAGGCCUUCAGCACGUGUGGCUCCCAUAUCUGUGUCAUUCUUAUGUUUUACACACCUGCCUUCUUCUCCAUCCUUGCCCAUCGCUUUGGGCACAGUGUUCCUCAAAAUGUACUCAUUCUGUUUGCUAACUUCUAUGUAGCCAUCCCUCCUGCUCUAAAUCCUAUUGUUUAUGGAGUGAAGACAAAGCAGAUUCAGGACAAAUUUAUUCUCCUCUUCUCUUUGAAGAAGUCACAAUGA